CGCCGGCCGCCUCGUCGGGGUGGCCCGAGCUGUACGGGGGUCGGGGGGGGCGCCGCCGUGGCCUCCCCACAGCCCCCGCAGCAGCAGCAGCAGCAGCAGGCGGCGGGCGCGUCGCUGGGGCACGUCGGCAUGGACGAGAUGACCCUGGCGGAACGACGUCAGCUGAUGCAGCAGCAGCAGCAGCAGCUGCGGCUGCAGGAGCACCUGUCGAUGGGCGGCGGUCACGCUCAGCGGUUGGCGGCCCUCGGCCAGGGGUCGCCCUUCACCGCCAACGGCCUCCCGGGGCCCCCCUCGCCGUACUCGCGCAACUUCUCCGGGCUGCCCCUGUCCGCCGCUCAGCGGCUGCCCAAGCUGGGCGAGAUGCGCGCGGAGCCCUCGCUGGUGCCGCAGUCGCGCCUGCUGCAGUACAAGCAGGCGUGCGCGGCGCAGCGCGCCGUCUCGCCGCACCCCUUCGGCAACUCGGCCGCCGCCGGCGCCGGCGCCGCCGACGACGCCGCGGCCCAGCCGGGCCGAACGAACUUCCCCGGGCGCGGCCCCGACGCCCGGAGCAGCGCCGAGUACGCGCCGUCGCCCUUCUACGCGCUGCCCUCGAGGCCGACGCUGGCGCACUUUGCGCCGGGCAUGUACCCUCACGGCGCCGGCGGAGGUGGAGUGCCGAACCUGCCCCCGGCCGGUUUCGGCGGCCUGCACCAUCACCACCAGCAGCAGCAGCAGCCGUCGCCGCCGUCGCCGGCGAUGGUGGGCGCGAGCGACGCCGACCUGGAACGGCCCGGGGGCCCGGCGGCGCAAAUCUACAACGGGUUCUCGCACGGGCUGCUGCUGGGAGCGGCGCUCAGCCCCAGGAAGGAGGGCGGUGGUGCAGGCGCCGGCGGUGGCGGCGCCGAUCCGAUGGCCGGCGCCGCGACCGCCCAGUCGUCGCCGUCCUCCGUCGUUCAGUCGUACGCCGCCGCCGGCUGUGAACGGGCGCGCGGCGGUGCCGUCGCCCGGCGGGGAGUUUGA